UCUCCCGGUCCCUGCGGUCUCCCGCCGGCUCCUCCUUUCCGAUCCUGCACUGCCCGGGCUGGGCCCGGCCGGUGGAAGAACCGAAGGGGACCCAGCGUGACCCCACGGCGGCUGCAAGAAGACGGAGCAUGGAUGGCAGCCGGAGAGUCAGAGCAACCUCUGUCCUUCCCAGAUAUGGUUCACCGUGCCUAUUUAAAGGACACUUGAGCACCAAAAGUAAUGCUUUUUGCACUGACUCCUCUUCUCUCAGACUAAGCACUCUCCAGCUGGUCAGGAAUCACAUGGCUGUUCACUAUAAUAAAAUCCUUUCAGCCAAAGCUGCCGUAGACUGCUCAGUUCCGGUAAGCGUGAGUGCCAGCAUCAAAUAUGCAGAUCAACAACGAAGAGAGAAACUCAAAAAGGAAUUAGCACGAUGUGAAAAAGAGUUCAAAUUAAAUAAAACUGCAAUGCAGGCCCAUUCUAAAAAUAAUUCCAAGUUAUUAUUUAACACCCUCCGAAAGCCCUCAGGGGAACCCCAAGACCAGAAUGAUGUGUUAAUAGAAGAAAUGAAUGGAUUUUCAUCCCUUGCAAGGUCACUAGUACCUUCUUCAGAGAGAUUACACCUAAAUCUACCUAAAUCCAACAAAGCCCUCAUGAAUGGUACUGAGAACAACUCCACUACCUCCCUGUCCAGCAUGGAUUACACAGCUUCUAGGCCCAGGAAACAGUGCUCCGGAACCACGUACGGCAGAAGGCCCAGGAGCGCAUUCCCAAAUUCCCACCAGUUUCAGUUAGUCAUUUCAAAAGCACCCAGUGGGGAUCUUUUAGAUAAACAUUCCGAACUCUUUUCUAACAAACAAUUGCCGUUCACUCCACGCACUUUAAAAACAGAAGCGAAAUCUUUCCUGUCUCAAUAUCGAUAUUAUACACCUGCCAAAAGAAGAAAGGAUUUUACAGAUCAACGGAUGGAAGCUGAAACCCAGACUGAAUUGAGCAGCUUUCAAUCUGAUUUGGGGGCAGCUGAGACCAAGAACCUGACAGAUUCAGAAGUGAACAUCAACCAGGCAUCGAAUAGUGUGACAAAUGAUACCAAAGGGAAAAUAACCCCUUUACCUUUACAAGGGGAUGGCUUAAGGUGGAAUGAGAUUAAAGACGGAGCUCCUCAGCAUUUCUCAGGAAGUGAAGAAGAGCUGUUGUAUCUGAGUUUCAUUGAAGAUGUAACAGACGACAUUUUGAAACUUGGUUUAUUUUCAAACAGGUUUCUAGAACGACUGUUCGAGCGACAUAUAAAACAAAAUAAACAUUUGGAGGAGGGGAAAAUGCGCCACCUGCUGCAUGUCCUGAAGGUAGACUUAGGCUGCACACCUGAGGAAAGCUCAGUAAAGCUAAAUGACGUUGACACGUUGACAAUACUUGAUUUUGAAAAGGCUGGGAAUUCAGAACAAAAUGAAUGUAAAAAUGGACACGAGGUAACAAUUCAACAGGAACGUCAAGAAUACCAAAAGGCUUUGGAUAUGUUAGUGUCUGCACCAAAGGAGGAGCAUGAGAUAUUCUCUUCACCGAGUGGAUUUUUCAUGCCCAUCUAUAAAUCAAAGUGUUCAGAAGGGGUUAUAGUCCAACAGGUGAGUGAUGAAACGAAUCUCGAACCUUCAACUUGGGAUGAAAACAAUCCGAGUAUUUCGGACAGUUUAAUAGACCAGGAAACCUCUGUGAAUGUCAUUGAAGGCGAUAGUGACACUGAAAAAGUUGAGACUUCAAAUGAAUUAUGUUGUCUUAGCACAUCACUCCCCCAGUCUGUUCAGUUCUGCAGCAUCAACGGUGACAAUAAUUAUGACCUGGAAUUACCAAUUCUUAAAAUCAUGGAAAUGAACAUUGAGGACUGACUGCCCUUCAGAUGCUUGAUCUUCAUUAAACACCCCAA